AUGGACAAAGACACACUACCAUAUCUUCCCCCAGAAGUCAUAAUAAGUAUUCUUCUCCGACUUCCAGUAAAAUCCCUAAUGCGAUUUCGAUGUGUGUGCAAAGAGUGGAAGAAUCUCUUCAAAACCCCAUCUUUUGUUGCUGAACACCUCCAUCACUCCACUAAGCAGAAUUCUCUUCUUUUUUAUUGCACUAUCUAUGGUUGUACUUUAAGUUUGCUCAAUCAUGAGAAGCAAGUUCUUGAACUUCAGAAACCUCCUUUCAUUGAUACCUCAAUGGGUUCCUACAGGAUUGUCUAUUCCGACAAUGGCUUGCUCUGUGUCGAACUCAUUAAAUGUAAAACCCUCUUCUUGUGGAAUCCAGCCACUAGAGAGGUCCAUCAGGUUCCCAAAGCUCUUAAACCUUUUGAACACGAGUAUUAUUGUUGUGUAGGAUUUGGGUUCAGCCCAAUUGUUAAUGAUUAUAAGAUAGUGAGAGUUUUUGUUUCUUGGUAUGAUCAAAUGGUUCAUAGAGCUGAAGUGUAUUCAUUAAGCACAGGAUCAUGGAAAGAAGUUGAUGUUGGGAACUUAGAGGACGUGAUUGAUAUCAGUUGUAGUUGUAUCACUUGUAAUGGAUCAAUCUUUUGGUUUGGUUUAAAGGAAGAUGUGGAGAGUGAAAGUGAUGGUUAUUUGAUAGUCUCAUUCGACAUAGCAAUGGAAGAGUUUACAUUGAUACAGAUGCCUACUUUAUCCCCUAAAUCAUCACAUUGCAAUAGUCUUACUUUGUAUGAUAACAAACUUGCUAUGCUUUCCACAAGAUUAAAUGGAAACUCUUGUUCAACCGAUUUGUGGGUGAUGAAGGGAUUGAGUUGGACUAAGACAUAUGAUAUCAAACCCUAUCCCUCCUCUUUACAUCCAGUGGCUAUUUGGAGGAAUCAUAUUAUUUGCACAACUCAUGACAGGUUUAAAAGUUCUUCGGACAUUGAAGGUGGAUUAAUGGAUAAUCCUAACAUAGAAACCAUGGUGUGCAAUCUGACGAACAUGGAAUUCAAGAUAUGUGCUAUCAAAAGAUGUUGCUUUGGCCAUGAUUUGAUUUCAAAUUAUGUGGAGAGUCUCGUAACAGUUAGCAACAUCCACGUGGAAAAGCCGCCGCUUGAUCCCCCAAGACACAAGAGUAAAUUUAAGCAAGGGGCGAAAAAUGAUGGGCCAAUGACAGCUCUAUUUAUAGUUGAUCUUAUUACCAAUGAAAUUAAGAUGCUUCCUGAUAAGAGAUGGUUCCGAGUUGAUGUCAUUUUCUAUUAUAAUGAGAGCCUUGCACCAGUGGACAACAGUCACUUUCAAGAGCCUUGA